AUUAUUCCAUUAGCAUGAGAGAGAGAGGAAGAUAGAGAGAAAGAGGGGGCGAUCGUCGGACACAAGGAAGAGGGACAACACAGGGUUGAGAGCAUGCAAGAUCUCAGGGAAGAAGCUGUCAAAGGUGGAAUGAGUCCAAAUAGGAAAAGCAGAAAUGGGGGUAGAUUUGGCUUUGUUGGAUUCUUGAAUGUUAAGGAUAAAAAGGAGCUGGAGAAGCAAUUAGACCAGAUCUGGGUGGGGGAGAAAAAACUAUGGGUGAACUCUUCAAAGUAUGAAGAUGAGCAGAAGGCUGAUAGGGGAAGAAGUAGUCAAAUCAUGGAGCCAGUACUGCAGAUGAGAAGUUACGCCGAAGUAGUAAGAGGCCGGCAGUAUGGAAAUCAUGAGAAGGAGCUAAGAAUCAAGAACAACGAAUCUCAAUUUGAAGAGAAAGGAGAGAACAAAAACAGAAACAAGCAGGAAGAGAGAAAGAAGGAUGAAAGGAAAGUGUGGAAAAGUUCUACAUGGAGGGCUAUUUCUCAUGUCGAAUCCGCGCUAUGGGGGGAAAGAUGGUGCUAUAUGGUUGCUAAGGACAAAUUUGUGUGGAUUAGAUGUCAAGGAGCACCAUUAAAUGUAUGGGGAACAAACUUCUUUGAAACCAUGGCCUGCUCAUGGGGAAAAUUCAUGUGUUUGGAUGAUAGCACAAGUAAAAGAAGAAGGUUUGACAUUGCGAGAUUCCUGAUCUCAACUCAGAUUCAGGACAAUAUUUCUGUUAUGCAUCAAAUUAAAAUCAAUGGGUCUCUAUAUAAUUUGAAAUUCACAGAGGAAUGUUCCAAUAACUUCUUCUCCUUGAAACAAGAUUUCAUGCCCACUUUUCAAAGUGACUCAGAGGAUCAUGAAUCAUGGUUAGUUGAUGAUGGAAAUGAGGGCUUUGCUACUGAAGAAGCCACAGAAACAGAGCAGGAAAAAGAAGAAAAUGAUGGGUUAGAGGUUGAAGAUGAUGAUGUGGCAAACAAAAGUGAUGAGUCCAACGGAAACUUUGACCCACAAGCAUGGGAAGAAGUGACAAAAGCUGCAGAAGCAAUGUUAGAAAGAGCAAUUCAAAUUCAAAAAGAAGUUGAGAGAGUGAAUAGUGUAAGAGACAAAGGGGUGGCACGACAGAUAUGGAAGACUGAUAAGGCAGCAUCUUUUAACUUGGGUUUGGCCCAAAAAACAUGUGAAGGGACAAACCCAAAUUCAGAAAGUGUAAAGGGGAAGCCCAACAGCAGGAAGCAUGUGGCGGAAAUGGAAAAAAGUGCAGAAAAUGAAGUGGAGGUGUUUAGAAGCAACAAACAGGUGGCAGAAGCGGUAGAUAGUGCAGAUAGUGGGAAAGAGAGGUGCAGAAACAGGGAUCACAAGGCAGAAAGGAAGGAAAAAUCUGCAAUGGUGAUGGAAAGUAACAGGGGCUGUGAGCAUGCAGAAGAAACGAAGGACAGUACAGAAGAAGAGCUACCACAGGAAUCUCACGGAAAAAGUAAAGAGGGAGUGCAAAUCUGGAGGAAUGAGAGACCGAAGAGGGCUGUAAAGAUGAGGAAGAAGAAAAUAAGUUUAUGCAGUUCGGUUUACUCAAAAUCGGAAGUUGUUGGAAAAAUGAAUGGAAAGAGAAGGACCGACAAUCAACAAGGGGAAGGGAGGGUAGAUCCGGAAUUUGUAGUGAGCCCAAAUGGAGAAAUUGCAAGCGAAUCCAUUGCCGACAGUGGAAUCCAGAACUGCAACAGAGCAUGGAGGAAGAAAAUGAGUGACCAGCUGGCUAAAGAAAUUUGGGAUUUAGCAAAACAGCUUGGUGCUACAAUAGAGAAUGAAGAAGAUAUUGUGCAAAGAAUUGAGGAAAUGGAGAGUAGAGACAAGGAGACAAAGACAGAAUUGGGAAGGCAAGGAGCCGGUGAUGUAAAGAAGGAGACUAAAAUGAUGGUAAUGGAUAGAGGUAUCUGUAGAAAGUUGUGGGGUUAUAAUGAUUUUGAUUGGGUAUUCAAACCUUCAGAAGGAAUGUCCGAAGGCCUUGUAUGUGUAUGGAAUUCUAAGGUGUUCAGGAAAAAAGAGGAUUUAAUGGGGAGCAACUAUAUUGGUGUGAGUGGGUUAUGGAGGGAGGAUCUGACGCUUGUAAAUAUUUUGAAUGUCUACUCCCCAUGUCAGCUGACAAGAAAAAGAGCCUUAUGGGAGGAGAUAAUGAAUCUAGUUAGGAGUAGAAAGGGCAAAUGGUGCAUUGGAGGAGACUUUAAUGCUGCAAGAAGUGUAAAGGAACGGGCAGGAUGCAAGGAGGUAUCGAGGGAAAUGAGUGAGUUUAACUAUUUCAUUCAUGAUGCAGGAUUAGUUGAUUUACCAAUAGUGGGAAGAAAAUACACUUGGUACAACUCUAAUGGCCAAAGCAUGAGCAUAAUUGAUAGAUUUUUUCUUUUGGAAGAAUGGCUUAUGAAGUGGAGUGAUGUAAAGCAAUGGGGAUUGAGAAGAACAGUGUCAGAUCAUUGCCCUGUCAUGUUGAAGAAUGAGAGGAUAGAUUUGGGACCAAAACCAUUCAUAUUCUUUGAUGUAUGGCUGGAACAACCAGGUUGCAAGGAAAUGAUCAGUAAUGUGUGGAGAUCGACAAUGAUUAAAGGAUGGAAGGGCUUCAUUCUCAAAGAAAAACUGAAAAGAACCAAGCAAGCAUUGAAAGAGUGGAGUGGUAGAUCUAUGGCAAAGGUUGACUGUAAAAUAAGUGAGGCAGAAAGGGAGAUAGCAGCAAUUGACAAGAGAGGAGAGGAGGUACAACUCUUGGCUGAGGAUAACAAAAAGAGGAGAAACAAUUUUCUUGACCUUUGGAGGAAUUUAAAAAUAAAGGAGAGAAUGUGGCAGCAAAAGUCAAGGAAGAUGUGGCUAAAGGAAGGGGAUGCAAACACAAGAUUCUUCCAUAGAAGUGUGAAGGGAAGAUGGAGGAGAAACGAAAUGAAUUAUAAUGAGCUCCAAGUGGCACCUUUCACUGAAGAGGAAAUUAGAAAUACAGUGUGGGAUUGUGAUUCUACAAAGUCACCUGGGCCGGACGGUUUUAACUUCAGAUUCAUUAAAGAUAUGUGGGAGGAUAUAAAAACUGACGUUGUGGGGUUCAUUCAAGAAUUCCAUGAGCAAGGAAGGCUUGUGAAAGGGUCAAACCCUUCUUUCAUUGUUUUAAUCCCAAAGGUGGAAAACCCACAGCGAAUAGAAGAAUUCAGACCCAUCUCACUUAUUGGGAUCAUGUAUAAGAUCAUCGCGAAGUUAUUAGCAAACCGACUUCAGAAAGUGCUGGACAGAAUUAUUGGGGAGCAGCAGAUGGUGUUCAUAUGUGGUAGACAACUUGUGGAUGGUGCAGUAAUUGCAAGUGAGGUGAUUGAAGAGGCAAGGAGAAAGAAAAGGAAAAGCUUCAUGUUCAAAAUUGACUUUGAAAAGGCAUAUGAUAAAGUAUGUUGGGAAUUCCUAGACUACAUGAUGCUGAGGAUGGGAUUCAAUGAUGCAUGGAGGAAAUGGAUACAGGAGUGUCUUCAAUCAAGCAUGAUUUCAAUCCUUAUCAAUGGAAGCCCAACAAAGCAGUUCCUUGUCAGCAAAAGCUUAAGACAAGGUGAUCCGCUAUCCCCUUUUUUAUUUUUGAUUUUGGCAGAAGGGUUAAAUGGCUUAGUGUCAUCCGCAAUUGAGAAGGAACUGUACAAGGGGGUGUUGAUUGGUGAUGGUGAGGUGAUGGUCACCCAUUUACAAUUUGCGGACGAUACAAUUUUUUUUGGGGAGGCAUUAGAAGACAAUAUAGGAGUGAUCAAAUGUAUCAUGAGGACUUUUGAGUUGGCCUCGGGUCUGAAAAUUAAUUACGGGAAGAGUCAGAUAGUGGGGGUUGAAGCAGAGGAAGGAUGGAUUGAGAAAAUGGCGUAUAAGCUGUGUUGCAAGGUGGGAGAGUUCCCAAUGAAAUACCUGGGAAUUCUAAUUGGUGGGAAUCACAGAAAACUAGCAAUGUGGCAGCCAUUGGUGGAUUCUUUCAAAAGGAAACUAGCUAGCUGGAAAGGUCGGCAUCUCUCGCUUGCAGGUCGGGUCACACUCAUUAACUCUGUGUUGUCUAGCUUGCCUGUGUUCCUGAUGUCAGUCUACCUCAUUUCAAAAGUGGUGGGGGCGAUUAGCGACAAAUGGAGAAGGCUUAUGGAAGAAAGAUAUUGUUCGAAAAUAUGGGGGGGAGGAGGACAUUGGCUUGAUUGGGUGAGAGAUGGGAGAAGGGUUGGCUCGAUAUGGUGGAGAGAUGUUCGUGCCCUUAAUAUGGGGCACGGGAUGAAUGUAGGGUGGUUGUCGGAGGGAUUUAGGAUAAAGGUAGGAGAGGGGAAAAUGGUGAGUAAAGAGAAAGAAUGCUAUCAAAUGGGUAACACUCAAAGCGACACAUGGAAAUGGAACCUAUCAUGGAGAAGAAGCCUAUUUCAAUGGGAAGAAGAGGAGGCAAAUGAGCUCUGCAAGAUGAUAGAGGAGGUGAAGAUCUACCCAGGAUGUCCAGAUGAAUGGGAAUGGAGGCAUAGUAAGGAUGGCCUAUACUCAACCUCAAUUGCAAUUCCAACCAAACUGAAUUUGCUUAAGAGAGGAGUCAUCAAGGACAUGGGAGAUGGGAAAUGCACAUUGUGUGAGGUGGAGGACGAGGACAUCAAUCACUUGUUUUUGAAUUGCAAUGUAGCUAGGUGGUUAUGGAUGGCUUGUGCUAAAUGGUGGGGGAUUACCAUCAAGUUAGACAAGGACUGUAGGAAGACCUUUGAAAAUUUCGAGAUAUGGACCAAACAUCUAAGCAUCAGAGAAGGAUGGGACUGCAUCUAGAACACAACGGUCUGGUUCAUGUGGCUUGCACGAAAUCAAAAGGUUUUCCAAGAUUCGGAGGCAAAUAGGGGUAAGAUAUUUGAACUUAUUCAAUUGAGAUCUUUUGUAUGGAUUAAGGCAAAGAAAGCUAGGUGUUACUU